CCUCUAUUUCUCUUUCGCUGUAUUUUGUCUGCCCCCACCCCUGCAGAUGGCCGCACUGAUUUGCUGGGGGACGGUGGGGGGGGGGGAGUACGGACAAGUCUCCUUUGUUCACCCCUGAGGACAACAGUUUCUGGAGAAGGCCUCUCAGGCCAGUAGGGGUUCACCUGGAAUACUAGAGGGCCCCCCUUCCUUUGGAGGGGUGGGCCUGGGCAAGGCUGGGGUAUUCCCCUCGGCCUACAGGGAUCUAACCGAACGUGGCUGGUGAGACUUCAGCGUGCUAGGGUUCGUGGUUGUCGGGUUAACAGCACCGUCCUGAAAUGUCCUUAUAUAAUAUUUUUAUCCGUUGAUUUUCUGUCCCUUCCUGGCUAGGGUCCCGCAGGCCCUCACUUCCUUCACCCCUAGACUCCUCCUCAGGACACAGAUGCAGAGACAGCAUAGCAACAGUGACUGGCCCUGGUUUUCUGUGUUCUAGUCUGGCCAGGGAAAAAACCCAGCCCCAGAUGCCAGCCCCUUCCUUCCCUCCUUACUUUCGAUUUUCUUUCCCUUCUCUCUUUCCCUCGAUGGUGCUCAAACUGAAACACAAGAGGGGCCACCCUUGGCAGCCCUCAGCCUCCUUGCAGGCCAGAUUCCCUGUAGACAAGGUCCUUAGAGAGGGAGAGCACUGCUGUGAUUGUCUAAUAAUAGCCCGGGCAGCUGAGAAUAGCAUCAGGCUCAAGGACUCUGCACACCCAGAACUAAGGCUGGACAGAAGCCCUGAGUCUGUGGGUCAGGGUCUGGUGACACUCCCUGGAGCCCAGGGCCCCCAGCAGUCUCCUCUGAGCCCACUCUUUUGGGCACUUCAGGCCUGCCCCUUACGGGGCUUUGUCAGUCCUGCCACGGGCUGUAUUUCAUGCACCAGCUCCUAGCUAAGGAGAAAUGGGCAAAGCAAACCCUUUCUCUCCCUGGUCUGACAGUUGUGAUCCCCACGAAGAAUGAGACCUUGUUUGGAGGAGGCGGCCUUGUUGGGUUGGCUGUUGUGUUCCGAAACCAGACUUGGUAGCUUUAUACAUUUAUUAGGUAGAGGCUGAAAUGUACAGGCGCAGACUUACGCAUGAAUACGUACAGACUCAUACUUCCUCAAUGGUUAAUUGUAUAUAGCCAUACCUGUAUUCACUCAAACACCGUUUUAUGUGCCUGCGAAAUUUUGUUAGCCCUCACUAGAUGGGCAUGGGCUCAAGGAGGCACUGGGUGCCCUCUGUGCGUGCUCUGCUGAAAAUGUGUUCGUGCUGGAAUCGGAGUAUGUGGGUGUCAGUAACCAAGGGAUGCCACAAAGGCUUUCUCAGACCUUAUUGCCUUCGCUGUCCAAGUAGCUGGGCUGGGGAAAGACUGACUCCCUUCUGCUUUCUCUCCACACCUCCCUGCAAUCUUCCCCAGCUCAGGACCCUUUUAGCAGGGGAACCCGGUUGUGUUGAAAGUGAGUUCGGUGGGAAACUUUCAUGGGUGAGGUAGGCCUGUGAGCCGUUCUGAGCAGUCGCUGGGCCCUGGUGCUUGAAGCCUUGCUGAGGUGGCAGAGGGGAUUGGAGUGCUUAAUAAGGUGGCCUCUGGGCGGUGGUCUGGGGCGGCUGCCAGCUAGGGUGCCUGGAGAGGCCGCGGGGAAAGCCAGCCAGACGGGUAGGGGUGUGGUGAGCAUCUCUCCCCCGCCCCUGCUCGCCCUGGCCGCUCAUGGGGCCCCAGCUUUGCCUGUGUCAUCUGUGGGGCAGAUUAGGGGCUCUCUAAGUUCCCCAAAUACCCAGAUCUGGUUACCGGUGGGACUUUAUUUUAAUCCUCUCUGCUACCUAAACCGGGGAGAUGGCUGAUGGGGCAGAAGCUGGGUCUGACCGCCUGCAGGCUUAAAGCACUGAGUGUGGGCCAGGGCUGGGAAUUAACCAGCCUUCUUUCUCUCUUCUGGGCCCAGGGAAAGACAGAGUGGGGUGGGGGGAGUAUAAAUGUCCAUUAAAAUGCCCAGGAAAGAAAGUAAGGACGGGAGAUCACCUCCACUCCCUAGGUGAUCAGGUUUCUCCCCAGAAUCUCCUGUCUAGACUUACUGCGGGUCCCGAGGCGUGCAGCUCUCUCCCACCUUCUCUCCACCAGCACCAAGGGCGGCCUUGAGCUUUUAGGCCUGGGCGGCCCCCGGGUGCCAGGGUGACAUUACCCCCAAAGUGUGCUCCUCGCCCGGCCUCUGCCAGGCGCCGCAGCCGCCCCUGUUUAUUGUGUCUGUGAGGUGUUUACUUGUUUUGUCUGCUGCCACCCUGCGUCAGAAACCCGCCAAACCAGCAAACUCACCCCGGAGAACAAAGUACAGCGCUAUCCUGAACUCCCUCCCCUUUCCGGCACCCCGCUCCCGCCAUUACCACCUCCCUCACUCUCCCUUUCCGAGGGGAGGAAGCAGAAAUCAUCCUAAAAUAGGGCAGCUGUUUAUAGGGUGGGGGGAAUUAUGGGGACACCAUAAACCUCCGGGUGUCCCGGUGGUGGAGAGACAGAACAGCCUCCAGCUUUUCUUCCUUCCCCCUGGCAACUGCUUGGUUGAGGGGGGCCACACUCAUGGAGAAAGCUGAGUCCCCCUCACCUCACUCCUUUCUGCAGGAGUUUUCCCUGAGACAUAGGUUGUUGGGUUUUUAAAUCAGGGUAACGUUGGCGGAUUCAUAAAGCUAGAUAAAGCAUGUCGCUCUCCCCUCACCCUCCCUUCUCCUCAGCCCCCCAAAAUAGCAGUGAAUUUAAGCAAAUCCUACAAAAUUAAAUUGCCCCUUCACUAAAGAUCCUAUAAAUCUCCAAUCCCACCAGGUGUAGAGUCGGAGAGGCCGCUGUUCGCCUCUAAUUUUGCUCCUGGCUAUCAAAUCUGAAAGAGUCUCACUGAAGUAAGUAAUAUUCUAGUUUCUGAAAUCAAUCUCCCCCCUCCCCAUCUCUCUCCCUCUUUUCGCCAGCGCAGAUUAAAUGGUUCUUUUAGGUCUGCAAACAAUAAAGGAUAAAAUUAUUUAUAGGGAAAUGAGGAUGAUGUUUCAUUGUUGGCUUAUUGUUCUAGAACAUAAUAACAUUUUAUUUUCAAGUGGGAAAACUUAGACCAGGGGAAGAAGGGGAGAGCGAGAGACAAAGUGAGGGGAGGCGGGGAACCACACACAGAACCUAGCCGUACAUAACUUUUAUGACAUUUACAAUUUCCUCGUGACAACUCGCUGUGACGUCAUAAAUGCCUUGUUCUUGAACUUUACAAUUUUCAUAAACCUCCAAAAGGGGUCCAAACAGUGCUCGGCGUGGAGGGGUAUAAGAGAAGCCAGGAAGUUGGGGAUCCUUUGCCCUUAUUCUGGGGGCCAAAAAUAUUCUGGAUUUUCCUUUUCCCUCCUGGGCCAAGGACGGCUACUUGCUUUCCCUCCCUGAAAUGUCACUCAGAGUUCCCUCCCCAUUCCCAGUGGGGAUGAGAUACUAUGUCCGAAGUCUCUCUGUAUGCCCCCGCCUCAGCUGAUGCUCAGCUGCUUGGGAUAGAGGUGGGAGGCUUGGCGGCCAGGCGCCCAAAGCCAAAAAGGAUUUCUUCCAGAGGGAGCCGAAAGGGGCUCAGGGCUGAGUGUUAUGGGACAGAGAUGCUGAGGACGUAUUUUACUUUUGAACCUUCAGCCAGAGAAGUGAAUUGAGAAGCCGAACAAAUGCCGGUGUGGGAGUUUGUGUCUGCUAAUGGUAGCAGCAUUGAGUGGAGUGGUGAUAAGGAAAGGUCAGGCAGAAAUCUGGACAGAGAGAGGGAAAAGAGAAAAUAUGACGUGAGUUAGCGGCGGCCCUCCAGGUACCUUUCUCCUCUGUUUAAUUGUAAAUAAAGCAAAAGCAGCUUGGGCAGCCUUUCAACGGCUCAGCUCAAAAGCCCAGGCCUCUGAGGUGUUUGGGGCAGUUCUCAGGCACUUGACAUGCCCCCAUCUGGCCUUUUCCUCCUUCCCCCCUCCCUGCUGACCCCCAACUCCAUUCAACUAGCCAGCCUGGGCCCUGUCCCCAGAAUAUCAGCACCCCCAAAUGGGAUCCAUUUCCGGGUUGGGUGUGUCAAAUUUCACUUUUCUCCAAGUGUUUCCAUGCCUGAACUUUGCAAGACGAAAGAGCAUUCUUUUUUGCAAUGCAAUGUGUGUAUGGGGAGGUAUGAGCUCAGACGAUUUCCCCACUAGAUCUUUGAGAAGCUGGGGGCUCCUUGCGUCAGCUCUGUUUUGGUCUCCCCAAGCAGACACAGUUCCCCGUGUUCAGGCUAUCUGGCAGACUAGGAAACUCUCUCUGCAGUCCUUUUACUCCGGAUUCUGUGGAGAUCAAAGGAGCUCGUACACAAAACACUAGGCAUUUGGAGUAGGAUUUAUUUUCUUUAAUUUUUAAAUUAAAAAAAAAUCCAAUCAUAAGUCAGUCGGGCCAACUGAGCAGUCACUCUAGAACAGCAAAGCCUUAACCAAACAGUGCUAUUGUGAGGUGAGCUGAACAAUUUGAAACUCGGCUUUCUCGGCAAGAGGGAUUUCAGCCUUCGCCCAGUGGCACAAAAGGGACCAGUGGGGCAACGGCUCCUCUCCCGCCCUGGAAGUCGAGGAUUGAAGGGGUGGGUCGGCAGCUAUAGUGGUUUCCAGGCAGACAGGCGCUCAGGCCGAGUGCUGAGUCCUGCGGCUCCAGUGCCCACGUCCCUGAGCAGCCUCCAGAGGCGCCGAGCUGUAGUUGGUGGCGCCGGCAGCCAGGAAUGGAGUGUGUGUAUCUGUGUGCGAGGCUGGGUGAGUCACAGACAUCGGUGCAGAGUUGGGGGAUCUGGGGAGAGAGAGAAGACUGGCAGAAUACGAACUAAGCAGGACCUCUGGAGAAGAUUGUCCCCCAAUAAAAAUUCCAGAUCUCAUCCCUCUCACUUCAGAUACCCUUACCCAAGAAAUUAAUAUAUUUCCCAGAGCAGAGUGGAAAGCAAAGGCAGGCAAGAUGAGGCCUGCCCAUGGACCCCUCCAGGGCCAGCGUCCAGUCCCAGCCACCCUCUCCCCAGUUCAGAGCUACACAGGCCCGCAGCCCCCAGCCUGGAGUGGGGUAGGGCUGGAGUAGGAGCCCUGUACUUGCCCUGGGAAACCCUCAAGUGCCCAGCCUCCAAUGCAACUUUGGGGACUCCAGACCAAUGACUGCCCCCCACUCAGGCCCAGGGCACCUACUGUAAGUUCUCUCCUAUAACUAGCACUCAUGAAAAGCAUGUGUUUUGGAUGGGGGGGGGUGGCUGAAACAGGGAGCGGGCAACUUUCCGCCUUUAUUCCUUUUCUGUGUUUUUGGAAUUCUGUUUUUGAAUCCACUAAUUCCAACUCUGAAAGCGAACCGCUCUUUCUGCCAAACCCCCGCCGAUGCCUGAUUCCGGAGGCAGAAGGGGACAGACCAAGUCGGAGACCUAUGGGCCUGAUGGGGGGUGUUCUCUGAUUUCUCUAGGCUUGUUUUAUAGAAACAAAGAACAAGUUCUCGCCCCUCCUUCCCAGGACUUGUGCAUAUUUACAGAGCUCAACUGCAGUUUUAAUAAAACAUCUGUUCUUGCUUCUGCUGAUGAGUUUCCAUAAUUGUUUUCAGACAAAUUUAACAGGAAAAUAUAAAUACAUUUAGAAAAACCCAAGUCCCAGCUUUCCCCCCAUAGACAGUUUGUUCUUUCGCCAAAAAAUUAAAAUUAUCAUGAAAUGAAAAAAGGAAAAUAUAAUCCAAUGGAGGGAAGACCCGGCUUAUCUGACCUGCUCUCCCCCCUUGGAGCGAAUCCUUCCAGCAAAUUUCAGCUGCAUAAUUAAAGAUCCAACUGAAAGAAAAAGGCUUCAUUCCUCAGGAAUGAAAGGUGAUGGGGGAAGAGUGUGUUGGAAAUUAAUUUUGCUGAAAGUCUUUAAGCAGUAGGUGAUCUUAUUUGUAUUUCUGCUUCCCCUUCUCCCCCCGUCCAGCAUUUCUGCCUCUUUCCCCCAGCAGCUGGUUCCUGUUCAUUAUAAAUCGGUGAGACCUUUCAGUCUCUGCCCUCUGUUUAGGGACGUAAUAAAACACUUAACUUUCCAGGGCUGAGACUUACAUUCUGUUCCUCAGGUCGCCCACCCCCGCGCCCACCGCUUUUAGGCCCUAAAGGAGACUCUCCCCAACUUUGGGGCCCCUUUCCCCUCCAGACUUUGUUUAGGAGGGGCUCAAGGAAACCCAGGCAUCCUUGCUGGGGAGCUGCAGCACAUUUCCCCAGAAGCCCCUUCUUUCUUUCAAGGUCCUUCCUUCCCCCACCCACCCAUGAAAGAGAUUUUAAAAUACGUAGAAAAUCAACACUCAUUGAAAGCGAAACCUCAUUAAGACAUCCUAUCUUCCAUCAUUCAAUUUGUUGUACAUUGCAACAAUUUAAUAUCUUGAAGGAAAUAUCACUGACAUGAUUUAUCCCUCUAGCAAUCUCUCUCUGAAAAGGAGGUGGGGGUGGGGAGGGAAUUUACUCUCUCUUCCGGCCUCUUUUACGUGUUACACUGCUACCCUUAGGGCAGAAUUGAGGAUGGGAACUCUGAGAGCGGCUACUUGUAUCCAGGGGUGCACUGACUUGCUCCUUAGUUCAGCCCCCUCGGUCUUCCACCCCUUCCCUAGUUCUCUCUCCCUCUCUCUCUUGCCCUCCAGGGGGCCUGGAGCCCCAGCCAGCUGUUGGAAACCACUGCCCAGGCAUGCCACGAAUUCAAUUCGAGGACAGCUGGAUUCUAGAGCGAAAAGCAGCUCACGCUGGUGUCUGUUUGUGUACCUGCCAUGGCACCCCAAAAUGAGACAACUCAUCUAAAAAUUUCUUCCUUAAUUUAAGAAUCCUCCUCUACGCUUCACCUUCAUCUCCUUGGGGAGAGGAAAGUAUGGUCCAAGAGGGGGAACCUUAAUAACUAUAGGGGCCUUCCCCCUGCCCUCCUAAAUACCAACACAUUUCCCUCCUUUCUGAAGGACUGGGGCUGUAUUUUUAAAAGCCAACACAAAUUGUCUCGCAGGAAGACUCUUCCAUCCCGUAACGAGGUUCACGUAUUAACUAACAUGUUGUCUCCAUCAGCUCCUACACAGUCUGCUUUUGGGUUCGAAACUUUAUUUUUCCCCCCUAGCGACACUCCAGGGAAACCUUAACGUUACAGCAGAUGAAUAAACGAGUUUUUUUCCCAGCGUAGUCCCGUUUAUGGCUUUAUUGCUACCCAUUGAUUACUCCGCUUUGUUACACAGAAGGAAAAGAUCAUAAAAUCCGGAGACAUCCGGGUUCUUGUUAUAGCCAGUUUCCCCCACCACCACCAAAAAAUGGUGAGGCGAAAAUAUGAGCUUCCACUGCUCCGCUCGCUUGCCCCACUGACCCCCUCUUUCUCAACUCAAAGCAUUUUCAGCCUAUGUUACGAUAUCAACAUAAGUUUGGAUUAAUCAGGGGGAAAAAAAAAAAGAACAUCUGCACACCUUCCGCUGUUUCUGUUUGCCCACUGCGGCGCCCUCAGAAGCCUCGGACACAGCCGCCUUUUCCUAACCUCUUCCUUAUUCUCAGCCCCCAGGUGGGAAGAAAAUGGAGGCAGGGGGCUGCUGAGAGGCCCGGCCCCACUAGGUGUGGCCGGCCCUUGGGUGAGAGCACCCCGGGAAACCUUGGCUAGAAUCUCCAAGCCCCAGAGCUCAGGUCCAGGGGCACCUCCCUUGGCAGGACAGAGAGUCCGAGGGGGCAGGGGCUUCUGACCUGGGCAGGGGCUUUGAGCCUGCAAGACACUCAGUAUCCAUCAGAACCCCGCCGGCCUUCUCCUUCUGGCUGGAUCCUAUGUGAAUUACCCCAACGGCCCUGGCUGGCUCUAAAUCAUAAAUUCUCACCAACAUAAACAGGAGUUGAUGUGUCUAGAAAGACUCUCAGAGUUCUUUCUUCUUCCUUUUUUUCUCUCUCUCCCACCUUUUACUUUUUCUCUUCCUUUCCUAUUUAUUUUUAAAAUAAAUCUUCCCUUUUAGGCAAAAAUGCUUUAUGAGUUUCCCCCAAAAGGGGUCCUGAGGAGGAGGUAGACGGGGCGGGGGGGGGGCUAGGAGGAAGAGGAAGCAGAUGCAUGGCUGCUUUGCACACCUCAGCUCUGCCACUGCACCCUGAUGUCUCACUCUUUCCCUCUUUAGACUUAGGGGCUCCCCACAUGCUCCCUCCACCCCAGACUCUCCUCCCUCUGAGCACCACGUUUUAUGCAAUUUCUUUCCACUUUUGAUUUUUUUAAAAAAAUUAUUCGGAAAAGUAUACUGGUUUAAUGAUGCAGACUCGCUCCAUGGAGUAUCAAGCCAGGAUUUCCUGUAGGAUUUCUGGGGAUCUCCCUGAGCUGGGAGGAAGUUCCUCCCAUGGAGAAAUCAAGAUGUAAUUUUAGAAGGGGGCAGAUAUAAAAGAUGAAAUCAGAUUGAAAAUACAGGGAUUUCUCCAGCCCUGGCUGUGGCUACAGCACAGCAAAGUUAGCUGGAGCUGAGAGAUUUCCUGGGAGUGCAGCUCUCCUUUUCUGGGCCCCAAGGCCCUGCUCGGGGACAUUCACCCUUCCUUCACCCUCAAAUCAGUUCCCUUACGUAUAUAUUUUUAAAAGAAAUCCAAGUCUUACUUUCAAAGCACACACUUAGUCUCAACCAGGGAAUCAACAGAAGCAGAAGCGAUUUUUUUCCCCCUUCUUGACAUCUGGCUUGCGAUUGGCUGGGAGGGGGUCAGCUGACUUUGUCAUUUUGUCUGUCCUGGAUUGGAGCCGUCCCUAUAACCAUCUAGUUCCGAGUACAAACUGGAGACAGAAAUAAAUAUUAAAGAAAUCAUAGCCCGACCAGGUAAAGGCAAAGGGAUGAAUUCCUACUUCACUAACCCUUCCUUAUCCUGCCACCUCGCCGGGGGCCAGGACGUCCUCCCCAACGUCGCCCUCAAUUCCACCGCCUAUGAUCCAGUGAGGCAUUUCUCGACCUAUGGAGCGGCCGUUGCCCAGAACCGGAUCUACUCGACUCCCUUUUAUUCGCCACAGGAGAAUGUCGUGUUCAGUUCCAGCCGAGGGCCGUAUGACUAUGGAUCUAAUUCCUUUUACCAGGAGAAAGACAUGCUCUCAAACUGCAGACAAAACACCUUAGGACAUAACACACAGACCUCAAUCGCUCAGGAUUUUAGUUCUGAGCAGGGCAGGACUGCGCCCCAGGACCAGAAAGCCAGUAUCCAGAUUUACCCCUGGAUGCAGCGAAUGAAUUCGCACAGUGGGGUCGGCUAUGGAGCGGACCGGAGGCGCGGUCGCCAGAUCUACUCGCGGUACCAGACCCUGGAACUGGAGAAGGAAUUUCACUUCAACCGCUACCUAACGCGGCGCCGGCGCAUCGAGAUCGCCAACGCGCUCUGCCUGACCGAGCGACAGAUCAAAAUCUGGUUCCAGAACCGCCGGAUGAAGUGGAAAAAAGAGUCUAAUCUCACGUCCACGCUCUCAGGGGGCGGCGGAGGGGCCGCGGUCGACAGCCUGGGCGGAAAAGAGGAAAAGCGGGAAGAGACAGAAGAGGAGAAGCAGAAAGAGUGACCAGGACUGUCCCUGCCACCCCCCUCUCUCCUGCUCCCUCGCUCCCCGCAACUCCCUCCUAAUAACACACUCUGUAUUUAUCACUGGCACAAUUGAUGUUUGGACUUCCUGAGACAAAAUUAGGGAGUCAAAUAUGGACCUGAAAAGUCAGCUCUGGACCCCCUCCCUCACCGCACAGACUCACAAGGCGCCUCCUCCUCUCCUGCUCCCUCGCUAGCUCGUUCUCGGCUCGUCUGCAGGCCCCUUCCCUCGCCCAGGCCUUGGGGCUCGUGCCUGAACCUCGCUUCAGACUCCACAGAUCUCCCUCCAAACGAUGACUUGGCCUCCCACCCUCUCGGCGCCCCCCACCCCCGCCCCCGCGCAGAGAGCCGGCUCCCGGGCCCGGGGGCCUCCGCUCCCAGGCCUCAGGGCCCGGCGUGGCAGCCGGGGAGGGCGGGAGGCCCAAGUAGGGCGCGUGGUGAUCCCACAGCAACCCCCAGGGCCUGCCCGCAGCCCCCGCCCGGCCCCUCUGCCCCAGCAAAUGCCCAGCCCAGGCGAAUUGUAUUUAAAGAAGCCUGGGGAUCAUUAUGGCAUAUUACAAACUGUGACCAUUUCUGUGUGAAUAUUUUUAGCUGUAUUUGUGGUCUCUGUAUUUAUAUUUAUGUUUAGCACCGUCCGUGUUCCAAUCCCAUCUUAAAAAGGAAAAAAAAAAAAGAGGGAAAAGUACAAAAAGAGAGAAAAAAUAGUGAAUGACGUUUGUUUAGCCGGUAGGAGAAAAAUAAUAAAUUUUAAAAAUCCC